AUGAUCCUUUUUCCAAAAGUUUCUCCUUCGAACUCAUCGUGCUCAACUUGUUCGUUGAAUUCAUGUUAUCAAUGCUACAAUACACUACCAACCAAUCGUACACAUAUCGAAAAACUUACAAUUAUCUGUAAUCAAACAACUGACCUCUUUCAACAUAGCAAAGAACAAGUUCAUUCAAUUCUUCAAUCUUUUACAACGAUUAACUGCACUAUGAAAACUCUGUAUAUUGAUCAUUAUACUCAUUGGAAUUACUUGAAUUCAUUAGCAAUUAUCUAUGCUAAUCUAACACAUUUAUCACUGUCUAGUUCGUACCCAUCAUUAUCGAUUUUAUCGAAUGUCAAAACAUUAAAUCUAUCGUAUAAUUCAAUUCGGAUUCUCAAUCGAAACUUUUCGUUCUGUUUUCCUUCGUUAGAAAAACUUGAUCUCAGUUACAAUCGUUUGAUUUUAAUUAAGACAAGAACAUUUGUGAACUUAAUCUAUCUGAAAGAACUCUAUUUGAAUAAUAACUAUUUGAAACAAAUCUUUCCAAACAUAUUACCUCGACAAUCGCUUAGUUUCAUCAAUUUAAACAAGAAUCACUGGUAUUGUUCAUGUACAAACGUUUUACGAUUAGAGGCCAGUCAGCCCAUUCCAAAUUGUUAUUCACCAAAGGAAUUUCAAAAUCAAAAUGCAAGUCUCGUCGCUCAACAAUGUUUUCUUCGAUCAAAGGCUAAUCUUCUGAUCACAACAGAUGAAAAUCACGAACAAAAUUUAACUUGCAUACUUUCUACGGUCGCUGAUGCAUGGCUAAGCAAAGUCAAUACAAAUCUAACCAUUCUAGCUAUUUGGAAUAUUGAACGACAUCAUGCGAUUUCAACGUUUUCGAUCAAUCGAUCGCACGAAUAUUUCGUUUGUUUUAAUUCCAGUUCAACUCAUUCGGAAUCGAUUCAUACAAUUAUCCCUCUCCCAUUCACAAAAUUAAACUCACUUAUAACAUCGUCAACAACACAUACACUUUCGCCAUUCUUUCUUUGGUUGUUAAAUGCAAGUAAAAAUAUCUUACCGAAAUCCUUUCGAACAUCGGAUAAACAAAUCCUUGUUGUUUGGUUGAUAUUACUUUGCAUAGCUUUUGGAAUAUUUAUCUUUCUUAUCUAUUUCAUCUAUCGUCAUCGAACAUUGGAUAAAUAUUAUCUCAGAAAAUCCUAUUCACUUAUUCGUUUAGAUUCAGAUUCUUCUCCUACGCUGCCCCAACAUCGGACACUAUUCAAUGCUAAUUGUGCUUGUAAAAAUCACAAAUGUCUAUGUCAAUAUCGGCGUCGUGUUCAUUCAAAAUCAUCGAGUUUACUUAAAAAACAAAUCUAUUCAAUGCAACCACUAUUCAUUGAACCAAGUGAACUGCGCUAUGCAAAAGUCAAACGAAUUUCAUCAGCGAAAGAAACAAUUAAUGAUUACUCGACCGGAGAAUUUCGUACAGUUAUCAAAAUGAAAUCCUUACCAAGUUGA